AUGGGUAACAUUGGUCGUCCGAGCACCGGGUGUUUCCUGUGUCGCAAGCGGAGAGUAAAGUGCGACGAAGGACGCCCAGGAUGUCGCAACUGUGCGAGGCUCAAGAAACCCUGCCCCGGAUAUCGAGAACCGGGCUACGGCCUGAUUCGGUCUACGCUCUUUGUGUCAAACGAAACAGACACUCAAUCUCAGAGGUCGUUGUCGACCGAAAGUCUUCCCCAGCCAGCAUUUUAUCGAGCAGGUUCGUCGUCCAGCGAUAGCGACGAGAGUGAGUCGGCCAAAACCGACCCCAUCGUCCGGUCCCAGACACGUUCUCCGCAACGGUUACCACCGUUGACCUACCCGUCAGGCGACUUGACCGAACAAGCCGUCUGCUAUUCCCUCACGCAACUCGACGUCAACUCCCGUGUCCUCUACGGCAACCAUGCCUUCAACUUCCUCCCUCAAAUACUGGCGGACGCGGGCCGAGACUCUUACCUCUAUGCCGCCAUGCGAUCUGUCGCCGCGGUCAAUUUUGCCAACCGGUCACCAACAGUGGACAUGCGCGAUAUGAUCGAGCUUGAAUAUGCUCGAGCUGUGUCACGCGUCACGGCGGCGCUGGCGGACCCUGACCAGUGUCUGAGGGACGAGACCUUGGUCGCGGUAUGGCUGCUAGGCAUUAGAGAGCUUCUCGCCGGCGUCAAUGGCCCACAGAGCAAAUCAGCACACCAGACACACGUCGAUGGAACUCUGAUGCUCCUGCGUCUCCGUGGCGAAGAACAGUUCUCCAGUCCCGCAGGCCGGCACCUAUACGCCACUCUCCUGUCGGCUAUGCAUUGGAAGCCGUUGUUUGCCAGUGAAGAGCCCAGCCAGGAAUAUCUCAUGUUGGAAUCACAGCUGUCGCAAGCUACAACUGUGCCAGAGGCCUCAUUGCGGCUGCGCAGUUUCUUCCACGGGGUGACGAAGCUGCGUGCGCGGAUCAGGAAUUUCCUCUCCAUGCAAGACGAUGCCUCGGUGGACAAGGCACAGGUGGUGGAAUCUUAUCUAAGAGCGGCAGCCAGGUUGAAGGAGAAGGUCAACGGCUGGUGUACCGACCCGACCUGGCUGCCUCGCAAGGUGCUCGCCGAACCACCCCAGCGGCAUCUCCAGCGCAACCCGUGGACAUCGGGGACGCUCCUCCGACUCCAUUGUUUCAGCUCGUGGCACGCCUUCUUCCACUGGAACCGAUUCUUCGUCGCAAAGGCAUGUCUCCACGCCGCGCUUCUGGACGCCCUGUCCACGCUUCCCAAGACCCAAACCACUCGCGUCAGCGGGAGGACGAUCGACGACCUGAUCCUCUCAAACACCGCGGUGCUGCAAGAAACAGUCCGAGACUUUAUCGGUCAAUUGGCGUACGCUUUGGGGGAUGUGGAUGAGAACGGGCAAUCACGUCCGAUUCCCACGGGCUUUGUCAGCGGCGGCGGUGCCGCGAGCGAACAUCGUGGCAUCGACGUCCCGUCGACGCUGCAAGUGCAGGGCCCGCUGUCUUAUUUGAUCACAUUGAAAUAUCUAGGGCCCGGGCAGCGAGAGGCCAUGUUCCUCGCGCUGCAACGCAUCCGGGCGGAAUUCUGCAUCAGGUGA